AUGACUUUCGUCAACCUUUUAUUGAGAAAUCCAAACAAAACUCAAUUUUUCCGACUUCUCUCCAUAAACCGUUCGGUAGCGCUUAGCAGAUUUGAGAAUAAGACUUUGGAUUAUGAUAAAUUAGAGCAUACUUUGAAUACAGUAAAGAAGCGACUUGCACACCCGCUAACUUUAGCUGAAAAGGUACUUUAUUCUCAUCUUGAUGAUCCAAAAAAUGCAAUUAUUGAAAGGGGUAAAAGUUACCUCAUGCUUCGACCUGAUCGUGUUGCAAUGCAAGAUGCUACAGCUCAAAUGGCAUUAUUGCAGUUUAUUAGUAGCGGUCUUCCACGUGUUGCUGUGCCUUCAACAGUUCAUUGUGAUCAUCUUAUUGAGGCUAAAGAUGGUGCUGGGGCAGAUUUGAGUCGAGCUAACGACACUAAUAAAGAAGUAUAUGAUUUCCUUGCAUCUGCAUCAGCUAAAUAUGGAAUUGGAUUUUGGAAACCUGGAUCAGGAAUUAUACAUCAGAUUGUAUUAGAAAACUAUGCUUUUCCUGGUGCGUUAAUCAUUGGAACUGAUAGUCAUACGCCUAAUGGCGGUGGACUUGGCGGUCUGUGUAUUGGAGUAGGCGGUGCAGAUGCUGUAGACGUAAUGGCUAACUUACCCUGGGAAUUAAAAGCACCUCUGGUAAUUGGUGUUCAUUUGACUGGAAAGUUAUCUGGUUGGACAAGUGCAAAAGAUAUUAUACUGAAGGUAGCUGAAAUUCUUACAGUAAAAGGUGGAACUGGAGCUAUUAUAGAAUAUUAUGGUCCUGGUGUUGAAUCAAUUUCCUGUACGGGUAUGGCUACAAUUUGUAAUAUGGGUGCGGAAAUUGGUGCUACAACAUCAAUUUUCCCUUUUAACGAUCGUAUGUUGGACUACUUACGUGCUACAAACAGAGCGGAUAUUGGUGAUUUAGCAUCAAAGCAUAAGGGUUCUUUGCUUACACCUGAUGCAAACUGCAAAUACGAUAAAAUAAUUGAAAUCAAUUUAGAUACCUUGGAACCACAUGUCAAUGGUCCAUUUACUCCUGAUCUGGCUCACCCGAUUUCACAAUUGUCUAGUCGUUCAGCUAAAGAAGGUUGGCCACAGCAUAUUAGCGCUGGUCUAAUCGGUUCGUGUACUAACUCCUCAUAUGAAGAUAUGUCACGUGCUGCCAGUUUAGCUAAACAAGCAUUAGACAAAGGUGUUAAAGUCAAAUCACAAUUCUAUAUAACACCUGGCAGUGAACAAAUCAGAGCAACUAUUGAACGUGAUGGGAUAACUGAAGUGUUUCAGUCUAUUGGCGGUAUAGUAUUAGCUAAUGCAUGUGGCCCGUGUAUUGGUCAAUGGUCUAGAAAGGAUACAAAGAAAGGUGAUAAGAAUACAAUUGUCUCAUCAUAUAAUCGUAAUUUCACUGGUCGUAAUGAUGCUAAUCCAGCUACGCAUGCCUUUGUUACCUCACCCGAGAUAGUUACAGCUUUAGCUCUUGGCGGGAGUUUAACCUUUAAUCCAUUAAAGGAUGAAUUAGUUGCAGCUGACGGUUCAAAAUUUAAAUUGAAACCACCAACAGGCGAUACAUUGCCUAAGAAAGGUUUUGAUGCUGGCCAAGACACCUAUCAACCUCCACCAGAGGAUACUUCAAAGAUUGCUGUGAAAGUCGACCCGUCAAGUCAACGUUUACAGCUGUUAACUCCAUUUAAUAAAUGGGAUGGUAAAGACUUGAUCAAUAUGCCAAUAUUAAUUAAAAUUAAAGGCAAAUGUACAACAGAUCAUAUAUCAGCAGCUGGCCAAUGGUUAAAAUAUCGUGGUCAUUUAGAUAAUAUUUCAAAUAAUUUAUUUAUUGGUGCUGUUAAUGAAGAGAAUGGUGAAGUCAAUAAAAUAUUACAUCGUGAAUCUGGUAAAUGGGAUACAGUUCCAGCGGUAGCUAGAAAGUAUAAAGCUGAAGGUGUAAGCUGGUGUGUUGUCGGUGAUGAGAAUUAUGGUGAAGGAAGUAGUCGAGAGCAUGCUGCUUUAGAGCCUAGACAUUUAGGAGGACGAGCGAUUAUUGUGAAAAGUUUUGCACGUAUACAUGAAACAAAUCUAAAGAAGCAAGGUCUGCUUCCCCUGACUUUUGCCAAUCCAUCUGAUUACAAUAAAAUUAAACCAUCGGAUAAAAUUUCCCUCAUAGACUUAAAAAAUCUUCAACCGGGCAAACCUGUUCGUUGUGUCCUUCAUCAUGAAAAUGGUCAAAGCGAAGAGAUACAAUUAAUGCAUACCUUUAAUGAAAAUCAACUGGAAUGGUUCAAGGCUGGUAGUGCUUUGAAUAGAAUGCGGGAAUUAAGCGGUCAUAAAUAA